GAGUCUGCUCAUCCCUUCCAGUUCAGCUAAAUUGCAGAGAGCUUUGCUCCGACCACCGAAGGUAUUGUCGACGGUCGGCGAUGGCUCCUCUACAGCCCAAAAAUGGGAUGUUCGUUGGACUGAACAAAGGCCACAUUGUCACCAAGCGUGAAUUGGGUCCUCGACCUUCUGAUCGAAAGGGUAAAACGAGCAAGAGGGUGAAUUUUGUGAGGGGAUUGAUAAGGGAAGUUGUGGGUUUUGCUCUCUAUGAGAGGAGGAUCACUGAACUUCUGAAGGUGGGUAAGGAUAAGCGUGCACUCAAGGUUGCCAAGAGAAAGUUAGGUACCCACAAGAGGGCAAAGAAGAAGAGAGAAGAAAUGUCCAAUGUACUCCGUAAGAUGAGGUCUGGUGCUGCGUCUCAUGAGAAGAAAAAGUGAAGUGAAAAUCCAAACGUGGCAGAAAGGAAGUAUGUGAAUUGAUAUAUGCUUGCUUUAGGUGAAUAUUCAAACGGGAUAAUGCCCUUUGGAUCCAGCAUAGAACAGAAUAAUCCUGCUAUUGCUUUCACAACCAAUGCAUUUCUGAAUGUGGGUUCAGCCCUGAAAUCUGACCUUACCUGCCUUAUAAAUUAUAGGUUAAAUG